AUGGCUUUAGUUCUUGAUGAAAUCUGGCAUCUUAGAAACCAAGUUUCUUUUCAGGAGGGACAGGUUGACAUUCCAAACUCCAUCAAGAGGAUAAACUUCAAGUUCCUUGAAUUUUCAACCUUGUUGGAAUCAGAAAAGCCCUCUGCUACACCGGUGGUAUUUAGAUGGGAGCCCCCUCCUCCAGGAUGGAUAAAGCUUAAUGUUGAUGCAGCUGUAGCUGAGUCUUCUUCUGCCCUCGUAGUUGUUGCUAGAGAUGACAAGGGCAUAGUAUCCAAAGCCUGGUCCAAGACCCACCAUCCUUGUCCUCCUAUUGUAGCUGAAGCCAAUGCAAUAUUGUGGGCUGCCUAG